AUGGCACAACAGGAACUAUUUGCAUACUACGAUGAGCCAAGCAGCACAGACGACAUGCUAACAUUGGCAUACAUUCAGGAAAACAAUGUAGACAGGGUGGUGUUCAACUCUGAAAUGGACCCUGUAGCUCUUCCAAGGCAUCCAGGUGUGCCUGCCAAAUACACAGAAGCAUUGAAAUCGUUCGAGCAGUUCAUAGAGUUCUACAGCGAAAUAAAAGAAGAAGGCAUGUAUUCGGAAGUUAUAGCAUAUUAUAAGCUCAAGCAUGCAAAACUUUCAUUCAUGGCAUUGCAUUCGAAGUAUACAAGGCUUUGCAAUCAUUCACCAUCAUCCGAUACAGAACAUUCAUAUGACGAGCAUGUUUAUUCAGCAAUACUGCAAUGCAAUGAAUAUGCAUGCAACAGAAAAUGCCUACUUCUUGCGCCAGUUUGCACUGCAAAGUUCCUUGAAAAGCAUGGAUGCACAAGCAAAGCACGGAUGCUUGUUAAGGAAGCAAAAAAAAUAGCAAAGGCCACAGACAAGCUUGAAAUACUCCAAGAAAUUGAAAAGGAUUGCUUGCAUGGCUAUGUUUGUGGAUAA